AAAAUAAAGUAGUAUGUGGCCACGCCAUGAUGUUUUUCGCAGCGGGAUUUGAAACCACCAGUAAUACAAUAAGUUAUACACUUCAUGAGUUAUGUCUCAACAAAUGCAUUCAAAAUAAACUCAGGAAGGAAAUAGUGGAUAAUAUUGAAGAAUAUGGUGGAAUCACAUAUGAAGGUGUUCAGGAAAUGAAGUACUUGAAGAUGUGUAUCAACGAAACCCUGAGAAAGUACCCAGUAUUACCAUUUUUGGAAAGAAUAUGCACCAAAGACUAUAAAGUGCCAGGGACAGACUUGGUAAUUGAUAAAGGAAUACCUGUUUAUAUUCCUUAUCCCGCAUUACAUUUGGAUGAACGAUAUUUUCCAGAACCUCAAAAGUAUAUCCCGGAGAGAUUUCUGAAUAAAAAUUUCAACAUGAGUGGACUAUUUUACAUGCCAUUCGGCGAAGGUCCCAGAAAUUGUUUGGGUGAAAGAUUUGGAAUUCUGAGCACCCAACUGGCUUUAAUUAAUAUUAUUUCACGGUUUGAAAUAGAAAAAUGUGCUGUAACUCCUGAUCCUGUGGAAUUUUCUGUCAAAAGUUUUUCCAACCAAUCAAUAGUUGGUUUGCCCAUGAUUGUAAAGCCUUAUGAGGGAUAUUGAUGGUGAAGAAAUAUAUGUGAUUACAAUGUAGAAUAAUGAUUAAAAAUGGUGAUUCAUUUAGUAUCUA